AUGUACAAGUGGCACCAUGUGUGUUAUGCUGUCGACCUUCAUUCCAUGAGGUCCUGGCUGGCUUAUGACGAUCAGGGCAUCAUUUUUCGCCAAUCUGGCCUGGGUAGCGGUCACACUGGGGUGGGUGCCAUCACUCUGGAUGACGUGUGGGGCAGGAUCAGCAUCCCGGUACCCGAUCUCGGUACCGGAGCUGCAGAGGCACUGUACCGGGAGGCGACGGUGAAGGCAGAGUCUCCUGAGCAGCUGAAUAUUGCUGGUGGCGGGCGCUUCGUUAUGAGCCAAGACCUGGAUACCAUUGAGGGAGGUUUCAACGUCCUUCAGAGUGUUCACAACGACGUGGCUCAACUCCUCCUGUACCCUGAGGUUCUGCCCCCUGCCUACCUCAAGGCCUACGUCAAAUGCGAGGAACCUGAGACCAACGUGAAGCCAUUUCUCUACUUCGAUGAGAGCAUGACCAUGUUCACCCUAAGAGGUUUUGUCCGUGUUUCUGAGGCGCCAUUGAAAUCCCUCUGUCAGGAAGACGCCAGCAGACUUGUGAUGCUCCCGGAAAAAAUGAAUUUUGACUCAGCCUACGCCGCCUGUUCCGGGAUGAAGGGGUUGAUGGCUAUACCGACCAACGAGGAGGAAAACACCCAAAUAUUCGAUGAAUUUGUUAAGUUUAAUGACCUGUGUGUGAACGCCUACUCGACGUUCUACUGGCUCGGGUUUAUGGGUGACCUCAACACUGAUGAAUGGCUGACCGUGAACACCAACCAGCACCUCACUUGGGAUAAACUAACCACCGGGUAUGAUAAAGUCAAAGCAGGUCAGUUGUGUGCUAGUGUAGGCGGCGCUGACUUUCCCUAUGGCUGGUACAGGACACCUUGCCAGUACCUCUCAUGUCCGCUGUGCAACUUCACCGCUACACCAUCGUUCAGAGUGCGGGGACUGUGUAAGGAUUCAAUUAUCGACAGAAAUCUCUUCCUUAGGGAUUAUAAAAACAACAAGCCACAAUUCCAUGGGCCGCACUUCACUGACGUCUCCUGGGACAGUGACAACGCCACCUGGAAGUUGACAAGUAGAGGCCACGAGAACCUGACGGGUUAUAUGGUGAUGAAGGUCCCCACCGAAUAUCCUGUCGGCGUUCACUCCUGGAUCAUCACAGGCGACAAGUGUGUGACGAGUGAGCUGGAGGUGCUGAUAACGGCUUGUGGUGACGAGGAGUACACCUGCAACGACGGCGCCUGCAUCAGCAAGACACAACGCUGUGAUUUGGCAACUAACUGCCCCGACAGGAGUGACGAGCUGAACUGCCACCUGGCACAAAUCCCCAUCGGCUACUCCCUCGAGAUGCCUCCACCUAAGGAUCAAAACACGCCAGUUCCCGUCCGCAUCCUCGUCGAAAUCACCUCCGUCAGGAAGAUCGAUGUCCUGGGCUUCAAGUUGGUGCUGGACAUCAUUCUAAAACUGUUCUGGCGGGACGGGAGACUGAGCAUGAAGAACCUGAGGAAGGAUCUUAACUAUAACAAAGUCCAAGAUCUGAAGAAACUGUGGAUACCGCUGCUACAGGUUGAGGACGGGGCGAGGAGUCUGGCGGACCUCUUGCUCAGGACGGAGUCGCUGUUGGUGCAGAGGGAGGGGAGCCCCACCGCUGACGACGACUCUAGACUGUACGAAGACGACGUGUACCUGGGCUCAGAGAACACGAUGAUGCUGUACCAGGUGUAUACAGUCGACUUCACCUGUCAGUUCCAGUUACAGCUGUACCCGUUUGAUUCUCAGGUGUGCUCCGUCGCCUUCAGUCUAAUUGGUGUCUCUCCCUCCUUCGUCAUCCUAGAUAAGGAGGAAGACGGAGUGAUGUUCACCGGCAUGAAGACCCUGUUGGAGUACGAGGUCACGUCCUUUGCCAUGACCCCUGUGGAUGAUCCUCUCAAGUCCGGUCAGAGGGUAAGGUCAAACGAGGUGUCGCUGGAGCUGAAGAAUCUGUCCGGGUACUACAUCAGCAGCACCUAUGUACCCACUCUCCUCUUGGUCGCCAUCUGUUACCUCACACUCUACUUCGACAUUGCUGACUUCACG